AUGAUUCCCACAUCCAUUUUCAACCAUGGUUGCCAGUUGCAGUUGGGCAACGAGACCCUGUAUGGAAGACAAACAGCUCUGGCCUUAUUUCAUGCUAACAAUAAGAGUUUCACCAUGGAUAGAUUGGCAAGGGUAUCCUUCUGGAACCUGUGCCUUGAAAAACCAAAUCAAAGUCUUCGGAAGGAUGAUAUUUGUGCUGCAUCAAUAUUACAUUCAGUUGAAGCUGUAUCCCUCCUGAAGAAACUGAACUGUCUUCAGGAAUAUUGUAAUUUCUCAACUAUCAAGUUCAGGACAUUGAAUCUUCACAAUCCAAUUGCAAGCAAUACAAUUAUAGAUAUGCAUACAACAGUACAGCCUGGUGGCCGCUCCCCUAAAGCAAUGAAUUCAUCACAGUUUCAACCUGGUUCAAAUGGAAUACAGGCACCUGCUUCAUUUCCUUCUCAUGUGAAGGGAAAGAAAAGGGAGCGAUCGGACCAUGGACCAGAAUCCAUUAAAAGAGAACGCUCUUUGAAAACAGAAGAGGGUGUUCGGAGUCGGGUUUCAGAAAGCAAUCUUAGAUCAGAGAUUUCAAAGAUAACAGAUAAAGGUGGGCUGGUAGAUAUCGAAGGGGUUGAAAAGCUAGUACUACUCAUGCAGCCUGAAAGAAGCGACAGAAAGUUGGAUUUGAAUAGCCGAUCUGCGCUGGCUGCUGUGAUUGCUGCCACAGACAGGUUCGAUUGCCUCUGUCAAUUUAUUCAACUCAAGGGUUUGUCUGUAUUAGAUGAAUGGCUGCAAGAUAUUCACAAUGGGAAGAUUGGUGAUGGUAGCCCAAAGGAUGGUGAUAAACAUGCCGAUGAAUUUCUUGUGGUUUUACUUUGUGCUCUUAACAAGCUUCCUGUAAAUCUUCAGGCUCUGAAGAUGUAUCACAUAGGAAAAUCAGUUAAUAAUCUGCGCACACACAAAAAUUUGGAGAUUCAGAGAAAAGCUAGAAGCUUAGUCGACACAUGGAAAAAGCGUGUUGAGGCUGAAAUGAAUGUUAAUGAUGCAAAGAGUGGAUCUGUUCAGGCUACAUCAUCACCUUCUAGAUCACCCCUUCCUGGAGGACCACAUGAGAUUGCUGGAAGGAACACAGUUACACUGGCUACUUCCUCCAAAACUCCUGUUAAACCUCUUCAUGGUGAGCUCGCCAUAAAGUCUAUCACCACAAUAGGGCUAACAAAGGAGACCAUGUCACCUGUAUCAGGUAAGGUAAGCCAAUCUAGAGUAGCAUUUGGAAGUAACUCCAAUGUUCCUUCAAGGGACGAUAGGAGUAGUAGUUCAAGCCAAUCUCAUAAUAACAGUCAGUCCUGUUCAAGUGAUCAUAAUAAAACUAUGAUUUUAUGUGGAAAGGAAGAUGCUAGAAGCUCUACUGUUGUAUCAAUAAGCGCAAGCAAGAAUUCUAGUAGUGGCAAUAGAGAAAUUGGAUCAAGUAGAAACUCAUCACUCCCCAGGAAUCUAGCUUCCGAGAAAGAUGUAAAUGUCGACGGGACUAGUCAUAAAGCGGUUAUUAAGCUACCAAAUAGUGGCCACAGGAGAAGCCCAGGUCAGAGUGUCAGUGGGGGUUCUCUUGACGACCCUCUCAUAGUUAAUGGUACAGAAGUUUCUCCAUUGCAACUUGAAAGCACUGGUCAGAAUGUGAAAGAGAAGACAGACAAUCCUAAACCUGUGGCUUCUUCUGGUGUCCGUGCUGAAUCCUGGGAAAGUAAUGAUUUAAAAGAUAUACUCUCUGCAUCUGAUGAAGGUGACGACGUCUCACCAAUUGCCAUACCUGAUGAUCAAUGUAGGAUUGCUGAAGAUGCUUCUACUAAAUUCUUGGAAGUUACAAAAGUUGCUUCAUCAACAUCAGAGAGUGACCACAAAGCUGGGAAAGUACUUGAAUCUUCUUUUAACUCAAUCAAUGCUCUGAUUGAAAGUGCCAAAUUUUCUGAAGCAAGUGCAUCUCCGUCAGAUGGAGAUGAUGCUGGAAUGAAUCUGCUUGCCAGUGUUGCUGCUGAUGAAAUGUUGGCCAAGUCUGACUUGGUUCUACCAGAUGAUUGUCUUGAGAGAAUUGCUUUGAAGGAGAAGCAUUCGUCCGUGGGUGAUGAGGCAAAGUUGAAUUCUCGAGAUGGGAAUAAUGAUGAUAAACACCAUAAUCAUUCUGUUGAGGAGGAAUUAACUGACAUCCGGAAGAUAGAUGCUUGUUCCAGGGUCAAGGAGACAACUUCUGACAAAUUUGAACAGACACCUGGAAGACUGAAAAAGGAGCAACAACUCCCAGAGCAAUGCCAUAGGAAUGAUGAAAGAUCAGAUGAAUUGAUGGGUAAUGAUGUAUCAAUGGUCUCUGCCUCAGUUAGUGAAGAAGCUAAGAAUCCUGAGAAAGUAGUUACAACAACCUCAACUACUUACAGAAUUCAAAACGGUAAAAUGAUGGUGAGAUGUGCCGCUGAUAAAGCCAUCGUUUCAAAGGAGGAACCUGUUGAAGGUUCAAUGCCAAAUUUUGAUCUGGAAAGUGAUGUGGGUAAAGAUUCAGUGGCUGAAGGACUUAAUAUUGGCGGCCACACAGAGCAGAAAUUGUCUCCUAGUUUGAUACAAGCAGAAAAAGAGUGCAACAGCGAUGAGAAGUUGCAGCGGCUUUUAGACAAUGCCAAAAUCACUGUUUCUGAUAAAAACACUGGAAAAACAGAGGACACAAAUUGCAGUAAUCAUAUGAUGGUUGCUCCAGUACCAAUCCAUGAACACCAGGUCAAUCUUGGCCUGGUUGAUAAAGAUAAAGUCAUUCAAGCUGUGGUUUCUGAUAAGUUUGAGGAAUGUCACUCUACUAUGGCAGUUUCUGCUUUGACUGCUGCAAAAGCAUCGGAUUCAGAGAUGAAGCCGAAAUUUGAUUUGAACAAAGGAUUUGUUGGAGAAGAACUGAAGUACGUAAGGCCAACAAACUCAACAGCUUCUAGAACACUUCUUCCUUCAGUAAACUCAGUGCCUUUUUGCUUUUCCCCAGUUUCCAGUGGGUUUCCUGCUUCCGUGACUGUCGCAGCUGCUGCAAAAGGGCCAUUUGUAUAUCCUGAUGACCUCAUGAGGACUAAAGGGGAACCUGGAUGGAAAGGGUCUGCUGCGACAAGUGCAUUUAGGCCAGCCGAACCCAGGAAGGUUCUGGACAUGCCUGUCUCAAUUUCCGAAACUAAUACAGGAAAAUGCCAGCGUCCUAUGUUAGAUUUUGAUCUUAAUGCGCCAGGCGAAGAUAUUCUGGAAGAUAUAACUUCCCACGAAUCGGAAAAAACGGAUCCUCUGGGUUCUACACCUGCUCGGAGCUUUGGAGGACUUGAUCUUGAUUUAAAUCAAGUUGAUGGAGCUAAUGAAACAGGACAAUACUGGUUAAAAGGUCAUAAUAGAGACUUUGACUUGAAUGAUGGGCCUGCACUAGAUGAAUCAAAUACUGAACCAACUUUGUUAAAUCAUCAAGGUAGAGGCAGUAUGCUGCCCCAACCGCCGCCUAUAAGUGGAAAUUACUCAUCAUGGUUUCCAACCGGAAACAGUUAUUCAGGUGUAACCAUUCCGUCGUUCCUACCCGAGAGAGGUGAACAGUCUUUCCCAAUCAUUGCAACCGCCACUCCUAGGAUGAUACAACAAGGGUCAGCUUCUUCUGGUGGGACCCAUUUUACGCCUGAUGUUUACAGAGGAGGACCCGUGUUAUCUUCUUCUCCCUUUCAAUAUCCGGUUUUCCCUUUCGGAACUAGCUUUCCUAUUCCAUCAUCCUCAUUCUCCAGUUUCCCGAAUAUCAUCAACUCACAGAUGUUAGGUCCGACUGCUGCUGCACAGUACUCACAGAUGUUAGGUCCGACUGCUGCUGCACAGUAUCCAAGGCCACCUUAUGUUAGCAUUCUGGACAGUAAUAACAGUAUAGGAGAGAGCAACCGGAAGUGGGGCCGGCAAAAUCUAGACCUUAAUGCAGGUCCCGGUGCAGUGGAAUUUGACAGUAAAGAAGAUUCAUCCUCUAUGGUAGCACGACAGUUCUCUGUUGCUAGUUGUCAGGGACUAGCUGAGGAGCAGGCUAGAAUGUGCCAACAACUGGCGAGUAAUAAUGGUGUGAAGAGGAAGGAUCCUCCUCCUGAAGGUGGAUGGGAUAAUGAAAGCUUUAGGUACAACAAGCAAGCCUCUUCGUGGCAAUAAAUUUCUUGAUAGCUGGUGGAAUCACUUAUUCAAAUGGUUUCAACCAGUUUCUCGAGGACAAGUGCUGACUUAUGAGAUUUCAUUAUUUGAAGUGGUGCUUUGAGGAAAGGAGGGGCGGUGGUAAGUGAGUUAUUACUUAUAAACAUUAGUGUCCCACCUCCCCAAUGUAAAGCAAAAGAUGUCUAUAAUUAGGGGUUGUCCAAGCGAAUUGUUCCUUGGAUUCUUCUUCUUCUUCUAUCUUCUACUUCAGGAUGGUGGAUUUGGAUUAAUCAUGUCCCCCUUUGUAGAUAUCUUACUUUUGGGCUUCAUGCACUUGGUGUUGUAUAAACAAACUGGUAACUGUUGUUUUUUUUUUGUUCUUUUUUUUUUGUUUUGUACUGGCAACCACAUGAAAUUACAUUUUCCAUUAAAAUGCACACAUUAUUAUAUAUUGCAUAUUUGUUAACAGUA